AUGACUUCCUCAACGACAGAAAAGGUAGCCGGCAAUGGCGCACCUAGUGGCGAGAAGCCCGCAGUCCGGAAAUUCAAGUCGUCGGAGCUGCCUCUGCCUUCUGCGACACGCGCCGCCAUUGGAUCUCUCGCGCAUGCCUUCAAGAAGGAGGGAGCCUACGAUACGAUUCGAAAGCAGGUGUGGGACAAGUUCAAAGCCAGCGACUACGAAGCCCAGGUGACGAAGUCGAUACUCGAGGUGGCUGAGAGAGAAGUCGAGAGGAACCCCCAGCAGCUCCUCACCCUCGACCGCCGCAAGGCUGCCGCGCUCAUCGACGGCGCCCUCGAGCGAUCGGGCGUGUACCAGAAGUCGGAGGACGUCAUCGGCCGGCUGAUCGACGUGAAGGCCAUCGAGGAGAGCAUAAGGGCAAUCCGGUCGGCCGAGAUAGGCGAGGAGGCCGCGCGGGCCGAGCAGAUCCGUGGCGCCAAGACAGACGACGAGUACGCGGCCGAGACGGAGGCCCGCCGGGCGGAGCGGGAAAGGAUCCGCGAGGAGCUCCGGCAGAAGGAGGCCGCCAUCGAGGAAGAGAAGCGCCGCAUCGCCAGAGAGGAGCGUAAGAAGGAGGAGCAGGCGCGCGAGGAGGCCGAGAUCAAGCGCCAGGAGGAGCGGGACGAACGUCGCAGGAAGCGCGAGAAGGAGCGCGAGGAGCGAGAGCGAGAACGUGACCGCGAACGCGAGGAGAGGCACCGCGACCGCGAGCGUCGCGAUCGUGAACGUGAACGCGAACGUGAACGUGACCGUGACCGGGACCGUGACCGGGACCGUGAUCACCGCGACAGGACCAGGAGCAGGAGCCGCCCCGUCGUCUCCUCCACCUCCGCAAAGGACGCUUCUUCCAAGGACUACGACAAGGAGAAGCUGACCAAGGAGGAGAACGAGCGCCUAGAGCAGGAGGCCCUGGCAGAUCUCCUGCGCGAGAGCAGCAAGGCCGCGACCCGCCAGAAGGAAUACGAGGUCGACGAGGCCCUGGCCCCGCCGCCGCGCAAGACGGCACCUGCAUCGGCCAUCAACCCCAUCCGCCGCGACCGUGACUCAUCACGCGUGAAGGACAGCGACCGCGCACGCUCCGGCUCGGGACCUGCUCGUGAUCGUGACCGGAGUCGUGACAGGAGUCGUGACCGUCGAGAUCGUGAGCGCGACAGGGACAGGGAGAGGGACAGGAGGAGUAGCCGAUCCCGUUCCCGCGCAUCUGUCCGGCCGAGGGACGGCGUCAGUGACCGUGACCGUGACCCUCAUCGUGAUCGGGACGACGAAGAAUGGAAGAGCGAGGAGAGGACCCGUCGUGAGAAGGAGGCCAAGGCAUAUCUUGCUGCUCAGAGGGAUGCUCGUGACAAGGGGUUACCCGUGCCUGGUAUAAGUGAUGACCGUGAUCGUAAUCGUGAUCGUGAUCGCGACAGAGAUGGAUCCAGGUAUCGUGAUAGGGACAGAGACAGAGACAGAGACAGGGCCAGAGACAGGGCCAGAGACAGGGACAGGGACAGGGACAGGGACAGAGAUAGGGAGAGGGAGAGAGAUAGGGACAGACGGAGAGAGCAGAGCCCGUCUUCUCGCCGAGUCGUAGUCGGAGACGGAGUCGGAGAAGGAGUCGGAGCAGAAGUCGACAUUGAGGGAACUUCGCAGUGA